GAUCGAAACACAAGUCUGUUUAGUUAUGGAAAGCUUUCCCAUUUCUUUAGAUAAAAAAGAUCAGUUUAUAAAAGAAACUGAGGCUGAUGAAGAAAUGCAACUGCUAAUCAAAUAUAUACAAGAAGGCUGGCCUACCACUAAGAGUCAGGUUGCGAGCACUGUUAAACAGUAUUAUAAUUAUUCUAAGGAGUUAAGUAUCAUAGAUGGCCUAGUAUUUAAAGGUAACAGACUAGUCGUGCCUAAAAGUUUAAGAAAAGAAAUGUUAAACUUAAUUCAUUUUAAUCAUCUAGGCAAAGAAAAGUGUAAAAACAGAGCGCGUGAAAUUCUGUUUUGGCCUUUGAUGAAUAAAGAAAUUGACGACGUUGUAGAUAACUGCGCAAUCUGCAAUAAGUACAGAAAAGGCAACGUAAAAGAAACUCUAAUAAAUAGAGAAGUUCCAGACGGACCCUGGGAAACGUUAGGUGUAGACAUAUUCUACUACCAGGGAUUCUCGUUUUUGUUGAUUAUCGAUUAUUUCAGCAAAUACGUAGAGGUAGCGAAAUUGCGAGACAUGUCCAGCUGCUCUGUAAUUAGUGUGUUAAAAUCGCAAUUUGCUAGACAUGGCGUACCGUAUGUAAUGUACUCAGAUCCGGGUACACAAUUGAACAGCGCAGAAAUGUCAAAGUUUGCUGCAGAUUGGAACUUCACUUUGAAAACGUCAAGUACAAAGUACUCCCAAUCAAAUGGGAUGGUUGAAAGGCACAUUGCCACCAUUAAAAGAAUGUUUAAAAAACUUGAUGACGAUCCAGGUAAAGAUCCAAAUCUUGCAAUGCUAGAGUACAGAAACACUCCAAUAGGCGAGGGAUUAAAAUCACCUAAUGAAAUAAUGUUUGGUAGGAAAAUUCGCGGAAUUUUACCCAAUAAUAAAAAUUUUGAAAGAGAAAAAGAGAAUAGAGAGAUUAAAGAAAAAUUAAUAGAUAGACAGUUGCGUCAAAAGGAAUAUUACGAUAGAAAUGCGCACAAUCUAAAACCUGUAAAUAUAAAUAACAAAGUGUACGUAAAAAAAGAAUUAAAUAAACCGAUGGUCCCAGCUAGAGUGACCAAGAUCUGCGAUAGGCCGAGAUCCUAUGAAGUGCAACUGCCUAAUGGUAAUGUAAUUGAAAGAAACCGCAGGCACUUGCAUGGUCCGGUUUACAGUGACGACUGUAAUAGCGAUAGCGCACAUGAUAAUGUAAACGAGCAUACAAAUGAAAAUGUUCGUGCUAGCUCACCGGCCAAAAAUGUAAAUACACCAACUAGAGAUGUAAAUAUACCGACGGGAGCUAGUCCUAAAGUAAACAUGCGAACACGCUCGGGUCGUGAAAUUAGAAAACCCGAGUACCUAAAAGACUAUGUACAAUAAAUGUAUUAGGUCUCCCCAAAGGAGGGAGAUGUGAUGAUAUGUUAGCGAUCUAGGGUUGGCAGCACUACUCACGCACUCACGCGCCUGCCUCCCCUCCCGAUUAAGGCAGUCUAGCCCGAGCGCCUCAUGGGCUCACACGCGUCCGGUCUCCGCAUCCCGCAAUUAUAUUAAUAAAG